AUGAACUCCGAUACCUUGCCUUCAGACGAGCGACCGACUUCAGCGACCACUGAGAAUGCGAUACGGUCGAUCGCGCUGCAUAUUCUGUGCCCAUCGCUUCCACCGCCGAAUCGCUUCACCUUUAAAGAUCUCCAUCUUUCCACCACUGUUGCCGAACUCAAGGCCCGUAUCUCGGAAACUCUACCCAGCCAGCCUCCAGCGGAAAACCAGCGGCUGAUCUAUCGUGGGAAAUCCCUGUCGAACAAUGUUAUUACAUUGCAGGAGAUAUUGAGUCCGAUUGAGGCUUCCGAAUACACCAUGCAUCUGGCUCUUCCUCCGGACCCUAGUUCAUCCACCAAUUCUCCUGCAGCAGAUCCUUCUCUUCAGGGCCCAUCCGCGACCCCAUUGCAGCAAAACCCCUUCUUCUCCACGAGCCGGAUAAACAUACCGAAUCAACCCGUCCUACCUCAAGGAUUGCGGUUUCGAGGGCCGAUGGCUUCAACGGGGCUUCACGAAGCGGACAUCGGUGCAGCUAUCCGAAGAAAUAUUGAAAAUAUGCAGCGGCAAAUCGCACAACAAGAACGCGCGCGCAGGUCGCCGCAAAAUGUAGCCCAGGGAGCUGCAACGGGAGCCGCUACUCACACCUCCUCUACACAAUCAUUCUCAUCGUUUGGUGUGUCAGACCCGCCAAACCCGCAAGUAUUGAGGGAUGCGAUCUCAUCCGAGACGGCCUUUCCAAGUGGCGCAACCGAGCAUAUACUGAGAGACCAGAUACCAAGUGCACAAUUGCCAAAUAACCAACACCUUCUGCUACGGCUCAUACAGCAACAAAUAGCCCUUGCAGAGGAACAAGUGAGCCGUGGAGUUGCUCCGCCACUCGAUCACAUCAUCUGGAUGCGAAGCCAGCUCCUCAGCAUCCUUGAUAAUCAAUACCGGAACCCAGAUAUCCGACGACAAGGGUCUAUCGAAUCGCUUCUUACCCGCGUUUUCAACAUCUCUACCCGUGCCGAUCAGCUUCGCAUAAUUGGAUCUAGAUCUACAAAUAUGGAAAGCAGCGUACCCGGUAUUAUCCCUGAUCUAAGCCGCCCCGACCAACCUUCUGCCUAUUUUAUUUCGUCUCCCGAUGGCUUCCAAGGAUUGGUUGUGCCACCUGACGAGGUCGAAACAAUCCAGAGGUCCAUUGCGGCGCUCAACUCAGUCGCAGCACAUAUCCGCGGCCAGGGAGCAGUUGCGCAUACUCCGCACGCAAAUGGGGAUGCCAUGAUGGUUGAAAAUGUCGUUCGUCAGGCGGUCCUUAACCAGCGAGGCGGCAACAAUGGUCAGUUUGGUUUCGCACGCAACAUCAGGCGAUUUUGGCUGUUUGCACGGCUUUACUUCUUCUGCUAUCUUUUCAGCGAGCCAGGCACAUGGUCACGUAUUAUCUUCGUUACCCUGGCGGUCCUAGUUGCUCUCGCCUCGGAGACGAGUGUACCGCGACAGCUACAUGGGAUCUUUAUCGCACCUGUGCAACGACACCUCGAAGGCCUGGUGCAUUUCCGCCCGGACGAGCAUCUACAGCAUUCUACACAGGAGAAUGCCCGUACCCCGGUUGGUGGAGCAAGAGAGGGCCCUGUUGGUUGGCGACAGAAUCUGAGAAGACUCGAGCGAUCAGUGGUAUUGUUACUUGCGAGUCUUGUUCCAGGCGUCGGUGAGAGACAGAUUGAAGUGCGCAACGCGGCCGAGAGAGCACAGGCGGCAGAGGCAGAGCGCCUUCGGCAGGAAGCAGAGCAGCGGGUGGCACAGCAGGAGCAGGAGCCAGAGCAGCGCCAGCAGGAGGAUGAUCGUGGAGAUAUGAUGCACCGUCCGAUGAUACCCCGGGGGGAGGAAGAGAGAGCUGCAUAG